GUUUUGCAUACCACGACCGAGCUGUAGCGACUAUCUUAUUCUCAGGGAACCAGAGUCUCAUUAACGCCAGCCACUUCCGUCGCCAUGGCGAACACACAAUCCGCUACCAACAACCAGCGUCAGACUAGCUUUUCCAGAUUUCUAGCCCUUCUCUUAGAGAUUCCUGUCCUCGGUGUUCUCAUCCAUAUUAGUGUGAAUGAGCACCGUACUAGCGUUGUCAAACUUUUUGGCGUUGUACUCGCUAUCUUGGUCAACGCCAUUCAGUUAUAUGCUCUACCACCCACCCUGCCAGCCAAGUCGAAUAAUCCGCUACACUUUUUCCCUUCUCCGUGGUCCGUCCUCUGGGACAUGGUUAUUAUGGUACUUAUGGGCGCCAGCAUUCUGUAUGACUGGAUCGACUCCUGGUCUCGCUUCGAAGACGGCCAUCCGGUUCAAUACACCACGCUUUUUACCGCACAGUUUUACCUGGUGUAUGCGGUACUGGCGACACAUGGCUUUCUUAUAUUUGCGUCUGUUUACAGGAUUUACGGGCUUUACGUGGCAAGACAAGAGGAGCAUCAGGGAGCGCAUGUGGAACAGCCCGUGAGGAUGGACAAUUUGGUCUAA